AUGGGCGGCGACGAGAAAGUCAAGGUGACUGUGGACAUGUGCUACACCUGCUCUUUUGUGCCGAAGGUGAACUUGUUCAUCGACAAGCUGAAGGAGACGUAUGGUGAUAAGGUAGACGUCACGAAGACCGAGGCCAAGGAGAAGGGCGAGUGUUUCAUUACAGUCGGGGGCGAGACGCUUCUUGAGAAGCAAGGAGGCGGCGGCAAGGGAGAUGGGAAGGACAAGGACAAGGACAAAGACAAGGACAAGGACAAGGGUAAGGGCAAGGACAAGGACAAGGACAAAGACAAGGACAAGGACAAAGGCAAGGGCAAGGACAAGGGCAAGCCGCCUGGGUUCGGGCGCCCUCUGCCCGAGGAAUUGCGGGACGUUUUCGCGAAGGUGGGCGAGAAGGUCGGUGUCGAUGCCCCCAUGGACGCGUUGUCGGAGCUGGACAAGCUGCACGAAGAGCAGCUAUCCUCGGGCCCUUCGCCGCCGCCGGAGGACGACUGGGGCUGGGAUGACAAGGGCGGCUGGGACGACAAGGGCGGCUGGGACGACAAGGGCGGCUGGGACGACAAGGGCGGCUGGGACGAGGGGUGGGACGAGAGCUGGGACGAAUGGGGCGAGCAGUCCAAGCAAGGGGUCCCUUGGGUCGCCGUCGGCAGCAUCCUGGUGGUCGUGCUGGCCGCGGUGGCCAUGUACGUGAAGGGCAUGGACUAG